AAUGUUGAAUGUAAAAUGAUAUCCAGCUCUCUGUAAUGAUGAAAACCGUAAACAAAAUGCCAGCCUCAAUGAUGAAGAAAAUUGCAUUUCCAGACAGCGAACUGGGACUUUCAAUAACACUUAACGGAGGUCAGAGCUUCAGGUGGUCAUCGCUGAAUAACGGGGAAAGUUUUCGAGGUGUAUUUGCUGGAAGGGUAUGGACCUUGGAGCAGAGUAAAACACAUCUUUCGUACAUUGUCCAUGGGCCGCUGGCAGAUGACUCAGAGAACAAAAAACUCUUAUCUCAGUAUUUUCGUAAAGAAGUUUCGUUAAAGGCCAACAUAAAGAUUUGGUCUACAGCCGAUCCACAUUUUGAAAAAGCAUGUAGACACGUUAAAGGAGUGAGAAUAUUGAAUCAAGACGUCGUAGAAAAUCUCUUCUCCUUCAUUUGCAGCUCAAAUAACAACAUCAUUCGCAUAUCUAGCAUGGUAGAUAAACUCUGCAGAUUCUUCGGUGAAAAAUUAUGCGUGGUCGACGGAAUAGAUUAUUACGAAUUUCCCACAGUAAAAUCAUUAGCUAGGGAUGAUGUGCUAACAAUUCUGAAAGAGGCUGGGUUUGGGUACCGUGCAGGGUACAUCGCAAAUGCUGCUAAGAAGCUAGUAGAAUUAGGGGGAGAAAUAUGGUUAAAACAAUUGCACAAAAAUUGUAACCAAUCUUAUUCUUCUGCUCGUGAAAAGUUGAUUACGCUCCCUGGCAUUGGUCCUAAAGUAGCAGAUUGUAUCUGCCUCAUGUCACUGGGUCAUCUCGAAGCAAUACCUGUAGAUACACAUAUCUUCCAAGUUGCCAGGGCCCUUUACCUGCCUCAUUUAGAGACACAGAAAACUGUUACACCAAAAAUACAUAAUGAAGUCAGCACAUUUUUACGUGAGCUAUGGGGUCCGUUUGCUGGUUGGGCCCAGACUGUUGUUUUCUGUGCUAAGCUCAACAAUAAUGAUCUUGUUUCGCGUACAAAAAAGCGCAGUUCGCGCGGGACUACAGAGAUACCUCAAAAGACUGCAAGAAUUAAUAAAAAUUUAAAGACGAAAAGUGAGACCAGUUAAGAAACUGACGUACACACUAAUAAAGAAUUAUGUUCAUCUGUUUUACUCAUUAGAUGGACAUAGCUUGUUACAAAUGUUGAAAAUUGUAUUUUAAUUUUGUAAUAAAAGAACAUUUUUAAAUAA